AUGCUAUUGUUGUUAUUAAUAUAUUUGACAUCUGUUAUGUCAUCACCACCUGAACUAAGACUACGAAAUGAUUUAAUGCAUGAUUAUAAUCCACUGGAACGACCGGUUGAAAGAAGUGAGGAUCCGGUUGUUGUGACACUUGGUGUUGUUUUUCAGCAAAUUAUUGAUUUGAAUGAACGACAAGAGAAAUUAGAGGUAAAUGCAUGGUUAAAAUAUAAUUGGAUAGAUAUGAAAUUACGUUGGGAUCCAUUAGAAUAUGAAAAUGUAACCGAUUUAAGACAUCCGGCUGGUACCAUCUGGCAACCUGAUAUUUUACUCUAUAACAGUGUUGAUUCAGCUUUUGAUAGUACAUUUAAAGUGAAUGCAAUUAGUAGUAACGAUGGUUCAAUAACAUGGAUACCACCUGGAAUUUUUAAAAUUUCAUGCAAAAUUGAUAUUUAUUGGUUUCCAUUCGAUGAACAAAUUUGCUUUUUAAAGUUUGGUUCCUGGUCAUUUAGUGGUCGUGAAAUUGAUCUUCAACCGGGUGAUUUUGAUAUGUCCGAUUUUAUUGAAAACGGAGAAUGGAUUAUUAUCAAAACUUGGGAACAAAGAAAUGAAAAAUUUUAUGAAUGUUGUCCGGAACCAUAUCCGGAUGUACGUUUUUUCAUUCAUCUUAAGAGAAGAACACUUUACUAUGCAUUCAAUUUAAUAAUGCCAUGUAUGAUGACACUAAUAUUAAUUGUCCUUGGUUUUACACUCAGUCCUGAUACCUGUGAAAAAGUUGGCUUACAAAUUUCGGUAUCACUUGCCAUUUGCAUAUUUCUAACAUUGAUGAAUGAAAUGACACCACUUACCUCUGAAGCAGUACCAUUACUAGGAAUAUUUUUUCUAAGUUGUAUGGUUAUAUCGGUAGCAGCUACAUCUUUUACCGUUUAUGUGCAAGCUGUUCAUUUCCGGAAUCCGGAUACACAAAUGAGAAUGAAUUUUUGGAUGCGAUAUAUAUUAUUGGAAUGGGCACCGUUUAUUUUACGUAUCAAACAACCAAAACGUGAAAAUACGUUGGAAACAAUUAAACAAGGCUGGAAAAAUCGAAAGAAUAGAAAUGAUGAUGAUCGAACUGCCUUUACUUAUAAUGAUGGACAUAUGUUAGUAAUUGAAAAAAUUGGUGAUGUAUUGCGAGAAAAUUUCCAAAGUUUAAUUUUUCAAUUGAAAGUAACUCAAUAUGAAAAACAUGAUCAAAAUUUAUUACAACGCUUAAAAAUACUUGAUCGUAUUUAUAAACAUGUUAAGGAUAUUCGUGAGAAAACAGAUGAUAUGAUCGAAGAGAAACGAAUUGCCAAUGAAUGGCGAUUUGCAGCAAUUGUCGUCGAUCGAAUUGGUUUAAUUUUAUUUACAAUUGUAAUUGCUAUCACUUCGUUAACGAUUGCUAUUCGAGCACCUUAUCUUGUCGCUUAA